GGAUGAAAGUGGAUGAACAAACAUUUGAAUCGCAACAUCUGUUAUGUCUGCAUCUGCAUGGAUGUCUUUCGGAUUCUCUAUGUUGGACACUACACGGCACAGUCAGUAUGUUUUAAGGGGAAAAAGAGAGAUGGAUUAAAAUAAAGGCUUGUUCUUCCCCUGGUGGUUUGAAUAGCCCGGGGGAAAGAAGAGAGGACCACAAAUCCAGUCUGGCCAAUCCCUUGUUUGGAGCCCUGUCACAAUGCCAGUCUGGCCAAUCCCUUGUCUGGAGCCCUGUCACAAUGCCAGUCUGGCCAAUCCCUUGUCUGGAGCCCUGUCACAAUGCCAGUCUGGCCAAUCCCUUGUCUGGAGCCCUGUCACAAUGCCAGUCUGGCCAAUCCCUUGUCUGGAGCCCUGUCACAAUGCCAGUCUGGCCAAUCCCUUGUCUGGAGCCCUGUCACAAUGCCAGUCUGGCCAAUCCUGUUGGGAGCCCUCUCCAGAUCUCUACACAGCCAAUAACGAGGGAGUUCUUUUGUCCAGAGCAGCGUUGAACUGAAUUAUGGUCUUUAAUCUGACUGGGGAAAAGCAACCUCAAACCAAUUAUCUGCUUCACUUAUUCAUAUUAUCAACAGGGUAGAAUGGUUCAUUGUUUAGAAGCCUACAACAUCACUUUUCCAUGAGUUACAAUUUUCAAAAUAUGUUUUUGAUGGAAAGCCGAUGAAACAAAGAGAUGAAAUGUAUACAUUCUGUGCUGGAAAAACAAAUACUACUCAUUACUCUCCACAUGCUCAACCAAAGUCACUUUUGUUUUAGCCAACCUUGCUGUUGCUUAGAGCAAUCUGGCCAACUCUGCCGGGUUUUUGGGGGAGGUUUUAUUUAAUUUUUUCAGAGCAGUGCAACUGGCUAAGCCAAGGAGGCUGAGCGGUUCUAAAUCCACUGCAAUCAUGCUGGUGCAAACACCUCCCACCAGGCGAGCCUGGGCCCGAUAAUCAAAUCCCCCAAUGGUUCCAGAAACCGGCACUUCCUCUGAGCAGGAAUACCAUUCAAUCCUUUCCUCGAAUCGUCUGUUCACUUAUUAUCUGGAUGCAUUGUUGUUAAGAGGUUUUUCUACAGCUAAGCAUUUGAAUGUUCAAUCAUGUAUCAAUUGUUAUUUGUGAUGAGGUCACUUAAAGUCUUCCAUGAUUGAUGUGGGAGGUAUUUGUUUUAUUCAGUCAAUUGUUAUGGAAAAUGGAAUUGAACCUUCUCUUGGUGUGAACCAGCCACCUACCAGUCCAACAUGCAGUGGAAUGGUUGCUGGUGAAACCAAAUUGCAAUCCACAGUAAAGUGCUGUGACAUUUUUUUUGUUGCCUUUUUUGAAAUAUUUCUUUACUCAAGUAACCUCAAAACAUGUUUGUCAUUUUUUUUGUCCAUUUGUUUCUUAACUUUGGAAGACAUUGUCUCGUUUAAGUAUAUAUAAUAUAAAUAUAUCGGGGGGGGGGAUAUAUUGUCUAUUUUGAUAAUUCCCAUGCUGUUUUGUGUGCGCUCUCGUGCUCAACAGCAGGUUAAUGUGGGCCAUUGUAGGACAGCAGACGCGUGUUCUCCAUCUGGAUCCUUCAGCCCUACCUGAGUGUGGUCAGUGCUGUACUCGAGUACUGUGGCUAGGGCAAAAUUCCAUAAUUUCACCAUCCCCUUUGGACUUAGGCCCAUAUUUAGGCCUGUUAAAGGCAGCUUCGGAAACGGCAGGACCGGAUUUCAGGACAACCUCACUCUAAUGGACCUUUUGUCGUGUUGCCUUCAGUGUUAGGAUGGCCACUAGGAGGUGCUGUAGAUAUUUUCUGAAGUUGGCACUGGCCUUAAAGCCACAAUCUCUGCACCUUGCUGUUAAAAUAGUGGCUACGCUUUGUCUAGUCAAGUAGUGUAUGUAUACCUAACCUGCAACAAAUACCACUGAUCCUCAACCUUUCCUGUAGGCUUUAUACACAGACACAAUAAAAACCUCUUCACUGGCUUUUUUUGUAAAUGUCAAAAAUGUCUAGAGUUGACAAAUUCAUAAUUAUUAGGUCAGCAUUUUUGGAUUUAAUCGUUGCUUUGCCAUGAUUACCUUGUUUUUCUGUAUUUUGAAUGUGGUCCACAGUCACGAAUGUUAUCUUUAUUCUGGUGCACCAAUAAUUAUUUGCCUGUUGAGGUUUAGUUGGUGAGGAGGUCAGGUAAUCAUUAACGGGGGAGAUGACAAAUUAUAAUUUUUUUAAAACGAAUGUCCUCACCUGCCUCCUUCUGAAAAGUUCACAUUAUUGCAGAUUCAAUUUGUGCCCCAUCAAGUGAUGAACAAUGCAUGAUUUUGAGUUUUGAGGGAGGGAGAAUUGAUUUAACAAGUGUGUGGAUAACCUGUCGCAGGACAUAAAUCCAGUCGCCUAUAGGAAUAUUGUGAACAUUUGAUCACUAAGGUUUCCAGGUCAUAGAGGAGAAAGGAGGGGGUACGAGGAUUCCGCAUUAACCUUUACAGAGUGAGGGGGGAAACACUGGUGAGAAAGGUGAUGUGCCAGUAAAGAUUCUUACAUGAUUUAGUGUUUGUGUCUCUUCAUUUGGUUUACUGGUUGAGGGCAGAUAAGUAUAGCAUAUGCUACUUUCUGCAGUCAUGCCCCUGAGCAAGGCACUUUACCUUUACUUGCUUCAGGACACUGCAGGAGCCUGCCUUUAGUUUGUGAUGUGUGUUCUAUCAAUCUGGGCACUGGAACAACAAAAGUGAUGCAAAGCAAAUUGAUCAAUAAAGCAAACAUUGUGUUACAUUUUUUAAAGUGUGGAAUGUGCUUGUUUGGUAUGUUUGAGAGUAUCAAAUGACUGCAGGCAAUUGUCAGCGGACUCUCCUACAAGUCACCUCAUAAAGCACCUGGCUAAAAUCCUCAGCCAAUGCUAGCGGACUAUGAGCGCUGACGUCCCCGGGAGAGAGAGAGGCUGCCAAGGGUUGGACAAAAGAAGGCUGAACCCGAGAUGCGUACCUGCAGGUAGCUGCAGGGCCUCUAGUGAAUUUGCUGUGUCCGGAUCGAAGCAUAAUGGCCAAGACCGGAUUCUGCGAUUCCAUGCCUCUGCUGGACUUACACAAGAAGACUACAGAAGAGAGGCGAGCCCCGCUGAGAGCCUGGUCUAACGCAAGUGGACCCAAAGAACGCUGGCAUCCCCAGGAGGGAGAGGAGCAGCCCAGGGGUGUCCAACAGAAAACUGAACCGGAGCGCAGAUGGGUCAGGAGGUUGCCUGUGUCAACAGAAGAUGGCAUUAUCAUGGGCUUCCAUGAGAAUGAAAGUUCCUCUUAUUCAGAUGGCUAUAAGGAGGAUGAGGCGGUGCUGCUCUACUUGCACGGCCUGCAGGGCCUCCACAGCCUGCAGACCCUGGUGCCUGGCCUGCUGCGUCAUGAGAUGGAGCUGGCUAUGGAGAAACUGGGUCUGAUCUAUGACAGGAGCUACGCCUGGGAUGUUUUCUCUGAUAUGAUGAGAAGUCAGUUGCGUUUCACCUUUCCCAACGCAGACCUACCCAGACCAUUCACAGACACCACACGUGCCAUCCUAGUUGAUUGGCUGAUCCAAGUUCAUGGGGUCUUCCAUUUCUCAGAAGAGACACUUUACCUGUCUGUUCACCUUUUGAACCGCUCCCUCCGCCAGAUCAAGGUGAACACAGCCAACCUGCAGCUGCUGGGUGUAGUUUGUCUCUUCCUGGCAGCCAAAAAAGAAGAGUGUCUUCUACCUGAGGUGUCUGAGCUGUGCUUCCUUAUGGAGAACAGCUACUCUAAGAGACAGCUGCUUCGUAUGGAGCGUCGGGUCCUCACAGAGCUGAAGUUUGAGGUGUCACACAGCUCCCCGCUGCAUUUUCUGCUCCUCUCCGCUUCCAUCGCCCACUGCAGCACCAAGGUGGUGUGGAUGGCCCGUUACCUGCUGGAGCUCUCCCUACUGGAGGGACAGUGUGUGGUGUUCCUGGCUGCCCAGCUAGCCGGUGCUGCCCUCUGUCUGGCCCGCAGGAUACUGCAGGAGCCCCCCACACCUGAGAGAGAGACCGCCUGGUGUAUUGCCUCCAGUAUCCACAUGGGCAGUGAGGCAACCCUGUUGAAGAUCAUGCACAUCCAGGCAGGAGCUGCAGCCCGUGCACAGAGCAGAGACACCUGUGCCACUUUCCUCAAGUUCUCCACAGGGGAGACCAUGCAUGUCAGCAAUCACCUGGCCUUGCAGAGUGCUCCCAGUCUGCUGAGCCUCACUGCUACACACACCUGAAGCUGAGCAGCAGGUUGCAGCUGACUUUACACACACCUGAAGCUGAGCAGCAGGUUGCAGCUGACUUUACACACACCUGAAGCUGAGCAGCAGGUUGCAGCUGACUUUACACACACCUGAAGCUGAGCAGCAGGUUGCAGCUGACUUUACACACACCUGAAGCUGAGCAGCAGGUUGCAGCUGACUUUACACACACCUGAAGCUGAGCAGCAGGUUGCAGCUGACUUUACACACACCUGAAGCUGAGCAGCAGGUUGCAGCUGACUUUACACACACCUGAAGCUGAGCAGCAGGUUGCAGCUGACUUUACACACACCUGAAGCUGAGCAGCAGGUUGCAGCUGACUUUACACACACCUGAAGCUGAGCAGCAGGUUGCAGCUGACUUUACACACACCUGAAGCUGUGCAGCAGGUUGCAGCUGACUUUACACACACCUGAAGCUGUGCAGCAGGUUGCAGCUGACUUUACACACACCUGAAGCUGUGCAGCAGGUUGCAGCUGACUUUACACACACCUGAAGCUGUGCAGCAGGUUGCAGCUGACUUUACACACACCUGAAGCUGUGCAGCAGGUUGCAGCUGACUUUACACACACCUGAAGCUGUGCAGCAGGUUGCAGCUGACUUUACACACACCUGAAGCUGUGCAGCAGGUUGCAGCUGACUUUACACACACCUGAAGCUGUGCAGCAGGUUGCAGCUGACUUUACACACACCUGAAGCUGAGCAGCAGGUUGCAGCUGACUUUACACACACCUGAAGCUGAGCAGCAGGUUGCAGCUGACUUUACACACACCUGAAGCUGAGCAGCAGGUUGCAGCUACAUGGGAAUAGGCUUGUCACUGGUUCGGUGACGACAAGGCAUUUUAGGAUUGUGCUAAAUCAGGAUUGCAUUCUAAUGAAUUCAGGGACAUCUUGAAUGAGGAUUGACUUCCACAGGACAGCAGUAGAUCUGUUGAACCCCAGUCAUCUUUUCCCGGACUAACUUUGCAUACUGUAAAUGAUUGAGCUUAAUGAAAUAAAGGCUUGUGCGAAUACAUUUGACGUACCUCGUCGAGGAAAGAGGUGCAGCUUUUGGGGUAGGCUUGGGAUGUGAAUGUAAUUUGCUGUACCAAACUACCUUGUUUGGUCAGCUGGACCGUGUCACUUUUGGCCAGUGCCACAUUUAUUUUAUGCUCUUAUCUUACAUCUAAUCAGAAUGAAUGUUUUGUAUUUUGAUGUUUGUCUUUUUUUACUGUUUCUUGUAAUUUGGUCAGUUAAGUGUUGGAACAAAGUGAUCGUCCAGUGUUUAAAUGUGCCAAAUGGUUUAAUAUUACUUUUAAUGUUAAAUAAAAAAAAUAGUUGUGCUGCUUCUAA